CCUGCCGCGCCGGCCACUGGGGGAUCGCCGGCUUAGCGGAAUAUGAGUCCGGCUGGUUCCUCUGGACGCAGCACGUGGAUGCUGGCCGGGGGCUUCCUGGCCGUGGCGUUGGCGCUGGGGGGAAGAGGCUGUGGCCUUGGCCCUAGGGACCCAGGUCACCUCCGGGGCCCUCUUGGAGCUCAGCCUCCUCCGGAUUCCCCGGCGGUUCCCAAUCCUGGAGCCGGCCUAGGUACUCUUCCCAGGCAAAGCCGGAGGGGGCCCCAGGGGACCGCGCAGGAGCUGCCCUGCAUGCUUUGGCCCAGUGUGGAAAACUCUCACUUUAAGACUGCAGGGGAAGCACCCCCUGGAAUGAAAUCCAACAAGAAAAUUGAAGUCUUUAUCCCAUUCCUGACUUCUGCAGCCUCGAGUGGGCCACGGACUCAUUCUCUCUUCGCUUUUAUACCUUCGUGGCCUGUGAAGACCUUAUUUAAAAGAGAGUCUCCUAUGACCCACCACAUGUAUGGAGACCUUUUAAGAGAUGUUCCAGGGACUUCUGAGAAUGGAGUAAUUUUUCAGAAAUGUGCACUGGUGUCAGGGCAGAGUGAAUCGCAGACAGCCCACGUGCGGCUGUUUGUUAACAACCAGACACCUUUGUCAGCCAACCUCUCAGAUCUUCUCUUGCUGGAUAACAUCACUGGCCUCACUGUGAGGGAGUCGAUCGGAAAUAAGAGCUCAGGAGGACUCCAGGCUUUCAGAAAGAAGUUUCUGCAAGUGGGAGACUCCUUUGAGGUCAGCUACACAGCCUCACUGCAGCCUGAAGGCCUCAGACCCGGAGAGAGCCUGAAGCUUCCCGCCCACCUCACCUUUCAGAGCACGUCACUGAACAGAACGCAGCUAAAAGCCCUUUUUACCAUAACAGCAGAAGAAAAGAUAACGGUCCUGCCACACCAUGGUCUGCACGCAGCAGGGUUCUUUGCUGCCUUCCUCCUCUCCCUUGUGCUGACCUGGGUUGGACUCUUCUUCAUGGUUCGAUAUCAGUGUCUGCAGGGAAAUGUGUUCACUAGACAUCGGGUUGGGCAUCAUGAGAGCAAGCUGGAGCCCCUGCUGUUCACUUUGGAGGAUGGUGUGAAUGAGGACCUUUCCCUUAACGAACAGCUGAUAGACAUUCUGUCCUCUGAGGACUCUGGGAGCACACUUCAAGCCUUAAAAGAGUUGGAGAUUGCAACCCUGAAUCGAGCUGAUGCAGAUCUGGAGGUCUGUCGAACUCAAAUCAGCAAGGAUAUCAUUGCCCUUCUACUGAAAAACCUCACCAGCAAUGGCCACCUCUCACCUCAAGUGGAGAGGAGGAUGGGUACCAUUUUCAAAAGGCAGUUUCUGUUGCUGGAAAAUGAAAUUCAAGAGGAGUAUGAUCGGAAGAUGGUGGCAUUGACAGCUGAAUGUGACCUGGAAACAAGAAAGAAGACAGAAAAUCAGUACCAGAGGGAGAUGGCGGCAAUGGAGGAAGCAGAAGAAUUGCUGAAACGUGCAAGUGAGAGGUCGGCUACUGAGUGUAACAACCUCCUGCGGACCCUGCAUUGCCUGGAGCAAGAGCAUGUGAGGAAGUCCCUGGCUUUGCAGCAGGAGGAAGACUUUGCCGCUGCUCGUAGACAGCUGGCCGUUUGCCAGAGAGGCGAGCUGCACGGCAUCUUCUUCACCCAGGUGAAAAGUGCUGUUCUCAAAGGGGACUUGAAGCCAGAGGUCGCUAAAAUGCUACUUCAGAAUUAUUCAAAAAUACAGGAGAAUGUAGAAGAGUUAAUGGACUUUUUCCAGGCUACUAAGAGGUAUCAUCUAAGUAAAAGAUUUGGUCACAGAGAAUACCUGGUCCAGAACCUACAGUCGUCGGAGACCCGUGCGCAAGGCCUUCUGAGCACUGCUGCAGCCCAGCUGACCCACCUCAUCCAGAAACAUGAGAGAGCAGGGUACUUGGACGAAGAUCAAAUGGAAAUGCUGCUGGAGAGGGCUCAGACAGAAAUCUUUUCUGUAAAGCAGAAGUUGGACUAUGACUUAAAGCAGGAAAAGAAAAAACUUCACCAAAAAUUAAUAAUUAAGAGAAGACGAGAGUUGCUGCAAAAGCACAAGGAGCAGCAGAAUGAGCAGCUGUCGGUCAGGGACGCCUUCCACGCAGCCGAGGACGUGGGCCAGUACCUGCAGCAGUGGCGGGGCUUGAUGGCUGAGCACUGCACCGCCUUGGAGGAGCUGCAGGAGCGUCUGGACCAGGCUGCCCUGGACGACCUCAGGGCCCUGACCCUCUCACUGUUUGAGAAGGCCACGGAGGAGCUGAGGCGGCUGCAGAGCUCUGCGCUGACCCAGGAGCUGCUCAAGCGCAGUGUGCCCUGGCUCUUCCUGCAGCAGAUCCUGGAGGAGCACAGGGAGGAGAUGGCGGCACGGGCUGAGCAGCUGGAGGCCGAGGAGAGGGACAGGGACCGGGAGGGCAUUCAACGUGUGCGGCAGAGGCUGAAGGAAGAUUCCCCGGAGGCCUCAGUGGCGGAGCAGGCCGAGCUGCGACACUGGGAGCGCUUGACCUUUGCGAAACUCUGCUCCUCAGCCUUCUCCCUGUCAGAAGAGCAGCUGCUCAGGAUGCAGCAGGAGGUCCAUGGCUGCUUCGCUCAGAUGGACAGGAGCUUGGCCCUCCCCAGGAUCCGGGCGCGAGUCCUGCUGCAGCGGUUUCAGACUGCCUGGCGGGAAGCAGAGUGCCUGCGGCUGGACCAGGCACUGGCUGCCCCUGAGCUCCAGCAACAGUCCAAGGGGAGAAAGCCACGGUCCAAGAGUAAAAACAAAAUAGACCUUUUGAAGAAGUGCAUUGAAGAUAAAAUUCACCUCUGGGAGGAACAGGCCCCUGAAGACCUGGUUGAAAAGGUUCAAGGUGAGCUGCUGCGAGAGAGAGUGCAGAGGCUAGAGGCCCAGGAAGGACAUUUUGCCCAGAUGCUUGUGGCUCUGCAGUUCCAGAAAGCCGCCCAGGUAACUGAGACGCUGUCAGCAUACACCGCCCUCCUCAGCAUCCAGGACUUGUUCCUGGAGGAGCUGAGCGUGUCUGAGAUGCUGACCACGGCUGCCUGCACCCAGAUCCUGGAGUCACACAGCCCGGAGCUCCAGGAGCUGGAGAGGAAGCUGGAGGACCAACUGACACAGCGGGAAGCGGCCGAGCAGCAGCAAGCCCUGGCCAGCUGGCAGCAGUGGGUGGCUGAUGGGCCAGGGCUUCUGAAUAAGCCAGGGGAGACCGAUUCUGAAAGGCAGAUAUCCAGUGUCCUGCAACAAGCCCUGAGCAUGGCCCAGAAGCUCCUGGAGCACCACCAGCAGAGUUUGAGAGAGGAACAACAGAACAGUGUUGUGCUGGAAGACUCGCUGGAAAACAUGGAGACGGACACCUUUGUGACCCUGUGUGGCCAGGAGCUGAGACUGGCAUCUUACCUCUCGAGGAUGACCAUGGUCCCCGCAGCCACGCUACGCCGGCUGCUGAGUGUGUUGCUGCCCACGGCCUCUCAGGCCCAGCUGCUGGCCCUGCUGGACUCAAUGGGCGAGAAGCAUUCAGACCAUGCUGUGGAGAAUGAGGGCAGCUCGGAGCCGGCUGACAGGGGCAGAAGGAGGAAACACCAGGGCUGGUGGCAAGCCUUAGACACCAAACUGCGAGGAGAUUUGAUGGCCAGAGGACUAGAAAAGAUGCUCUGGGCUCACAGGAGGAAGGAGAGCAUUUUACAGAAGACGUGUCUCCCUCUCAGAGAGAGGAUGAUAUUCUGUGGAAAAGGAAGUUGGCCACACCUGUCACUGGAGCCCAUUGGCGAGCUGGCCCCUGUGUCCAUUGUCGGGGCAGAAACGAUUGAUGUUUUGAAUACAGGCGAAAAGCUCUUUAUAUUCAAAAAUCUGAAGGAUCCAGAGAUCUCAUUGCUCAUUCCUCCCAGGAAAAAGAAAAAGAACUUCCUGAAUGCCAAAAAGGCCACUAGGGCCUCAGGCAUGGACUAGCCCCAGGGAAAGUUCUGUGGACCCAUCCAAAGACAGAAAGAUUUACGUUCUCCUGCCCACCAGUGUUUGUUUGUGACAUACAUCUUGCAGAGAUAAACCGCACAUGUAGAAGAUGCAGACGUCCCCAACAUGCACUGACUUUGAAGGACUCAGUUUCAUCUGGUCUAGUGAAUUUCCAGGUGGCCCAGUUUCUUCCACAUCACAGGACAUGAACACUCAUUCCCUUCACUCCCACCUGUCCAGGCAUGUGGAGGAGACCCUCACUCCUCAAUUCUCAUCUCACCACCAGGCCACCCAACACGUGGUCUUAGCAAGGUUCUCUGUUCUUACGUUUUGUAUUUGUUACCUAUUCAUUUUUAUUAAGGGAACUAUUAAAAAUAAAUAUACACUGUGUAUUAUGGAAA